UGUUACACAUUCGCCCGACGUGAAGACUGGGACGGAGGCCCGAGGAUUUGCUCAUUUCAAUGCGACGUAAAUUUGGAUAUUUCUAUCUGCUUGAUUUUCGACUGAACGCCUAAUUGGAUCUAUGCUGAUACCGAAAUUGACGGAACAAUGUAUUUUUCGGAUAUGCAGGGGUCCGCGGUGACGUUUCGGCUGGUCCUGCUGUUGUGCGUUUUGGAAGCGGUUUCUGGACAACUCUCAUAUUCAGUUUCAGAGGAGGUAAACCCGGGGACGUUUGUGGGAAACAUCGCCAAGGAUUUAAAUCUAAAUGUACAUGAACUUGAGUCACGCGCAUUUCAGAUUGUCGCUGGUUCCCAGAAGAAAUAUUUCGAGGUGAAUUUAAAGACGGGGAUUUUGUAUGUGAAUGAAAGAAUUGACAGAGAGGAGCUUUGUCCGAAUGCACUCAAAUGUGUGGUUAGUGUCGAAGCUGUUAUUAAUAAUCCCUUGAGACUUUACCGUGUGGAAGUUAAUGUUGUAGACGUUAAUGAUAAUGCUCCGUCUUUUCGAAAAAAAUCACAACAUGUGAAUAUAACCGAAAACACAUUGCCUGGAGUUCGCUUUCCUUUACUAGACGCGUACGAUGCAGAUGUCGGGAAAAAUUCUGUAAACACGUAUAAGCUGAGUCCAAAUGAACACUUCUCUCUGGAUUUGCACGAAGGCGAGAGUGUAUCUGCAGAGUUGGUGCUGCAGAAAGCUUUAGACCGGGAGAAACAGCCUGAGAUCCAGCUCCUACUGACUGUUGUAGACGGAGGGAAUCCUCCGAAAUCUGGCACCAUGCAGAUUGUUGUGAAUGUCUUCGACAUUAACGACAACCCUCCGGUUUUCAGCAGUUCUUUGUAUAAAGUUCGUAUAUUUGAAAAUACACCUCCGGGAACAUCAAUAAUAACGGUCAACGCAACGGAUUUAGACGCGGGUUCAAAUGGUGAAGUCGUGUACUCCUUUAGUAAGCUUGAGCAAGACCAUAUCUUAGAUAUGUUCACAAUUGAUUCCCAUACGGGGACUGUUACAGUGAAAGGAGUGAUAGAUUUCGAACAAAAUAGCGUGUUUGAAAUUCGCACUCAAGCUAGUGACAGAGCUCAGCCACCCAUGGCCACUCACUCUAAACUAUUGAUCGAAGUGGUGGAUGUUAAUGAUAAUGCUCCUGAAAUAACAGUAACAACCCUCUUAAACGCCGUGAAGGAAGACGCAAACAUCGGCACUGCAAUUGCCCUUGUUUCAGUUCUUGAUAGAGAUGGUGGUAAAAAUGGGAUCAUUCACUGCUACAUUCCGAAUGAAUAUCCUUUUAAAUUGGAAACAAAUUAUAAGAACUACUACUCUUUGGUAGUUGGCGGGCCGUUGGACAGAGAGACCGCUUCUGAGUACAAUGUCACCAUCACAGCUACAGAUGGGGGGACUCCUCCUCUCUCCAGCACAAGCGUUAUUAUUAUACACGUUUCUGAUGUAAAUGACAACGCGCCUCGCUUUACACCGCCCAGGAAUGAUGUGUAUGUGAAAGAAAAUAGCCCAGUGGGGUCUGUCAUAUACACGGUGUCUGCAUAUGAUCCAGAUUUAAACGAAAAUGCAAAAGUUUUCUAUUCCUUAUUGGGGACUUCAGUUAAAGGCGCGUCCCCGUCAGCCACGGUCAACGUGAACUCUGUGAGUGGAGAAAUAUACAGCCUGAAGACCUUUAACUUCGAGGAAGUGAAAUCGUUCCAGUUUCAUGUUCAGGCUACAGACUCUGGUGUUCCUCCACUAAGCAGCAACGUGAGUGUGAACGUUUUUAUUUUGGAUGAGAAUGACAACAGUCCUGCUGUUCUUCCGCCCUAUUCUGACCAGGGCUCCGUUAAUACUGAGAACAUUCCCUAUUCUGCUGAAGCAGGAUACUUUGUGGCCAAGAUUAGAGCUGUGGACGCAGACUCUGGUUACAAUGCGCUGCUUUCUUAUCACAUCACGGAUCCCAAGGGAAGCAGCCUCUUCCGAAUCGGAAGCAGCACCGGGGAAAUAAGGACCAAAAGGCGAAUGAGUGACAAUGACUUGAAGACUCAUCCAUUGGUGGUUUUGAUUUCUGAUCACGGAGAUCCAUCUCUGUCUGCGUCUGUGUCUAUAGAUGUUGUGGUUGUUGAAGAUGGCAGUGAUGUUGGCCUUCAGACGUCAUUCAGACAGCUGCCUGCCAAGGAGGAGACUUUUUCGGAUUUAAAUCUGUAUUUGUUGAUCGCAAUUGUUUCUGUGUCAGUUAUAUUUUUGCUGAGCCUCAUUACUUUAAUAGCUGUAAAAUGUCUCAGGACGGACAGCAGAUUGAGCAAGUACAGCCCCCCAGUGAUCACAACACACCCUGACGGAAGCUGGUCUUACUCCAAAUCUACUCAACAGUACGACGUUUGUUUUAGCUCGGACACACUGAAGAGUGACGUCGUAGUUUUUCCUGCGCCGUUUCCGUCUGCCGAUGCGGAGCUGAUUAGCAUUAAUGGGGCAGAUACUUUAAAACGCAAUCAAACGCUUCCGAUCAGCGAGAAGGUAAGAAUUGUGUCUCCCUUCAUACUUUCAAAGGAAGAGGCGAUCACACAGGGCUUUGUUACACAUUCGCACGACGUGAAGAUUGGGACGGAGGCCUGA